CACAAUUUUUACUUGUAUCCUUAUAAUCAGUGUUUUAAAUAUGUUUAAAGUUGUCGCUUCGAUUUCGUACACCAACGAAUUUUAGAUUGCUAAAUAUUGGCUUGAACUCCGUAAGUAAUACAUACAUCUUCACAGACGCAUGUAAAUGACUCAAUAACAAAGUAUAUUUCGUGCCAUCGGUCCUGAAUAACACUUUCUUUUAUGAGAACUUGUUGUAGUUUUCGUUUGUUUUAACUGAAGUAGGUCGAGUGAGUUAAAACUUGCGGCUCAGUGACUGAAAAUCGAGUAGUACAAUGCACUAACCACUGAAUCAACAAUUUAUUAUAUCCAGAAGUUAAUUUCAUUUUUUAUUCAGCCGACGUAACAGUUUUAGAUAAAGCUUUAUAUUUCCUUUACUCAUGUAUUCAUACUGAUAAAGUUGGUGGUCAAAAAUAUAAUUUAUUCUCUAAAAGACCUACUACGGGGGGUACGAAGCGUGCAGAUAUAUUAGAUUCUGAUAUUCCUGUUGGCCGUAAAAUUGCCAGUUAAUUAUUGGAUGCAGAAAUUAGCCCUUAAUUUUCUUCAGACUAUUCCAUAUUAUGCCUUCACUUGUUCGCCUUAACCUACGUAUUCGACACUUGAAUUGGUCAUUUCUAGGCACAUUAAUUCUUAUACUUCCCCAAAUGUAAAUCAAGUUGUCAGUGACUACACUACACUAUUACAAUAGUGUUCUCGUUUAACUUUUCACACUUUUGGAAAAGGUAAACAACCGGUAAAGAAGGUGUAGUGAAGAUCGAGGAUGCAGAUUAGUGUUACCUUUAAAGUCUCAAUACUACUGAGUCCCAAGAAACUUGCUUGCUGGGAAAUAACUUCGAACUAUGAACAGUGCGCAAUAUGUAUUGAACCUUUUAAAGCAAUGGAUAAUAUUCGCAUUCUUCCUUGUCGACAUUACUUUCACAAACUUUGUAUUGAUCCUUGGCUUCUGGAACAACGUAGUUGUCCUAUGUGCAAACUGGAUAUUUUACAAGCAUAUGGUUUUCGCGCGGAGUUGUUUUGCAGUUAUACAAACUUGGAAAGCUUAUCUAAUCAAGUACUCUCUACCUCUGGUCCAACUUUAUCCAUAUCUUCAGUUUGUUCAACUUUCUCUAAUCUGGUAACGGGCAAUUUUUCCAGCCCACGAACGAGUAAUGAUGUUUCUGUGAUAGAAAGCCUUUCGUUAAUUACAAGUCAACCACAAAUUAUGAGUAACCUACUGACAGUCGCACAUGGAUCUCCAGUGACUUAUGUCGUACUAACUGGUACUAAUGGUUUCGCCAAUGCUACCGAUUCGAUAAUAAUUCAUGCUCAGUCGUUCCCUAAGACGAAUGAACAGUCGAGUCUUGAAAAUCCAGUUUCAGCUCCACUCAUUCAAAAUGAUGACAUAACUCUACCAAAUCGUAGUAUGACAAGCAGUAUUACCAUCCCAUUGUUAUCAAAUUUAUCUCUCCCUCCAAAGCAGUUGGCUACUUCGUCUGUAUGGAGCACAAAUCUCUUACCAGUAUGUGUUGUUACAUCUGUUAGUAUAUCAGAAUCAUGUCAACCUAGAGCGCUUAUGGUCUGCGAAUCAUUCCUUAGCAAUAUAUUUCAUCAAACAUGUUCUGUUGUGACCGCAACAGUAGGCUCAUUAACUGGUCAUUCAAUAUCCAUGUCUAAUAAUAAUAAAGAGGCAACAACUUCGACCACUCAAUCGUUAACGGGUCCAUUAUGCUCAACCACCCAUGAUUCAGAGAUUUUAUCAAUACAUCAAAUGAAUUUUAUUUACACUAACUGUCCAGGACAUUUGACAUCGCAGACAAAUCUGUCUGUAGAACAACCACAGGCAACUUGUCCCACCAAUAAUCCAGUUAAUUUAAAUUCGUCACAAUAUCCAAUGAAUCAGCGUAAUUUGCGUAUAAUAAAUUUUAAAAAUAUAUUUCAUCCUGAUAAACCUCUUAAUAGUAACAUUCCUCCUCGAAAUGACCAAUCGUCUGUAAAUGCAUUUCGUAAUUGGUUUACUCGCCACUGGUGUAAUACAUUUUAUCCACAGUCUAAUAGUAAUAAACGAAUUAAUCGUUUUUCGUACAGUUCUCCUUCAUAUUAUACAACUAAUUCUACAUCUUCAAACAGUCCUAGUGUCAAUACAGAUGAAUUUGAUCAAUGUAAGUCAAAUUUAAUUAAUUCCAAACAACAAUCAUCCAGUACAUCAAGUACUAAAGAAUGUUAUGUAACUGCUGUUGUUGAAGAUGUACCAUCAGAGACAGGUAAUAGUUCUACACUAUCUGAAUCUAUGAAUAUACUUAAUUCAGAUCAGUUUACAAUUAUUCAUUCUACAAAUUCGGCAUCUAAUAGUUUCAGUCUACAUGGUACAACAUUAAAUUAGCAUUUUCUCAUUAAUUUCAAUUAAAUAAUUUUAUUAUGUUUAAAAUUGUUUUUCAACAAAUACAUUUAAUGUACACAUACAUUAGUAAAUUCGUAUUAUAUUUUGCCAUUUGUUGGUUUGAUUAUUUUGGAAUACAACAAAGAAAUGAAACUCAUAUUUUUAUUUGCUUCAUUUACUUAAAUUACUUCUUGUACACAAACUAUCAAUAUAGUUAAAUACUACUUAAAACGAUUUGCUCCUUAUUAUUACUAUUGAUGUUGUUGUUUAACAGUUAUUAAGCAUUCAAUACACACUAUUUACUUGUUGUAUAUUUUUCAGUUUACGUUUUCCCAUAUAUAUUGGUUAUUUUUACGAUGACUGAUCAUACCCAAUUAUCUUUUAUCAACAUACUUGUUAGAUUUCAUUGAAUCAAACCAUUACGCCCUUUGUAUCAUUCCCUAAUAUACUUGAAUUCAUAGAAACCCAGCGUUUAUGCUGUUGUCUGUUGAGUGUGUGCAAUGUUCCGUGUGUGAUCUCAUUUAAGCUAUAUAUAUAUAACCUUUUCUUUGAUUUUCUAAAUUUUCCGUAUCAAAAAUAACUAAAUACUGGAAAAUUAUCUGUUAUAUUACUGUUGUCGUGAAUUUUUUUAAUCGUUCACUAUUUGUUUCUUUGUAUUUUCUGAGACAGAACGAUAAUUCAUCGGCUCGUCUAUUUAAAAAAAACCUUCAGGUUAGAUAAAAAUUCUUCCCAAUAAACUUUUAAUUAUAAUUAUAUGUUUAUUGUAGAAUGAUCGGUUCUUCUUUACAUCGUUUUCCUAAACAGUUUUUGACUCUUCAUUUGUGCUGUCCUAACUUUUGUAUCUAGUAUUUUUUAGCCGCGUUUAAUAAAUACAUUGUAGAUCUGCUAU